AUGGCUCGCAGAAAAAGCAACGGAGGGAAAGUCUUCAUGUUGGUGUUGUGUGUGGUUGCAGCAUGCCGUGCUGUAGCCAUCAGUGACCUGCUGGACCGAGCCUCUCAGCGCUCUGACACGCUACAUUCCCUGAGCACCACUCUCACACAUGAGCUGGACUCUCAUUUCCCACCUAUAGGCCGGGUGAUCAUGCCCCGCCCCUCACAGUGCCACACCUCCUCUCUACAGACGCCGAAUGAUAAGGAGCAAGCCCUUCAAGUAUCAGAGUCAGACCUGCUCUCAUUGGCUCGUUCCCUGCUCCAAGCCUGGAUAGACCCCCUGAUGGUCCUGUCCAGCUCUGCGAAUAAUCUGCCCCAUCCAGCCCAGAACAGCAUAUCCAACAAGAUCCAGGAGCUGCAAGAGCACUCCAAGAGUCUGGGAGACGGCUUGGACAUCCUCUCUGGCAAGAUGGGUCCAGCCUCUCAGAGCGUCUCCUCUCUUCCCUACAGAGGAGGCAAUGACAUCGGCCACGAUAAGAUUUCCAAACUGACCAACUUCCAUUUCCUGUUGUCCUGCUUCCGCCGGGACUCCCACAAGAUCGACAGCUUUCUCAAAGUUUUGCGGUGCCGAGCGGCCAAAAUGUGCUGAAGGCUGAGGCAGCCUGCUUGACUCAGACGGGAGUCAUUUCUUACAGCUUCUAUUGCUCACCAGCUUAUGUUAGCGUGUAUUAGAAACCUGCUACUGGAGCUGAUUUUAUAAUUGCAAAGUGUUUGGCAUUGUGAGAGCUUGCAGGAGGUGAAGAUAAGGAGGACUGCACAGGAAUCAUAGUGACCAAACGCUGAUGUCACAGAUCAAAUUCUCUAAAUUAAUGCAUGACAAAUGAAACACAAGAAGCCCCUGUUGAUUUUUUAUUGAAAAAUUCCCUUGUUUGUGCAAAGGAGCAAUGUUUGCUUCUUUAUUCUCUUUAAAUUGAUGUUCAAGACUGGUUAAAAAAUAGUAUCUUGGUCUUGGAGCUGCCAGGUUAUCUGUAAAGUUUAACUGUUGCUCAGUUUUGCUAAUGGGUUGGCAACUUCUUUCUGAAAAUCAUGUUUCCAGCUGGUCUGGCAUUCCUAAGUCACAGUAUUUUGGUCUAAAACUUUGGUAAAUAUGUUUUCAACCCCCUUGUCUUUCCCCUUCUAGUAAAGUUUUAUGGGCUCUGGGUUGGGUGAGACAUGAAAUCCUUCCAGCAGCCUCCCUUACAUCUCCUCCUCCCAUCGGGACGCAGGGCUUCAAAAGAGAAUAAUUGUUGUCUGAUGACAAACUGCAGCAUUUGCACUUUAGAUUUAAUUCCACCAUCUAGGAAGCAUGUUGAAUGUGAUGGCAUUAAGCUGCGAUAUUUCUUUAAAAACUGUAUGUCAAAAUAAAA